CUGGUGUUGUGGCCUCACUUCUUCCCUCUCUCUUUCUCUAUCCCCGGGAGCUUCUCCACCCUCGCGAAGCGUCGCUAGCUCCGUGAACCAUCGUCAACUACCACCGGUAGCGACGGCGGCGGUGAUAGCGGUGGAGGUGGAGGCGGUGGCGGACGCAGCGAUAGCACCGGCAGCAGCAGCAGCACCAACAGCAGCAGCAGCAGCAGCAGCAGCAGCAGCAGCAGCAGCAGCAGCAGCAGCAGCAGCACCACCACCACCACCACCACCACCACUACCACUACCAUCACUACCACACACCAUCAACAUCACUAUCACCAUCACCGUCACCACCACCAAUAAGCGGCAGCAGUAGUCGUCGCGUGUCCCGCUUUACCACCUCCUCUUCUAUUUAGCGGCCGCUCCGCCGAUGCCGCAGUACCGACUGCUUUCCGCGGAAGGUGGAAACCCGUGUAACGCAACUAUACAUAUAUAGAUUUUCAAUUAGUCAAGUGGGCCGACCAGUAAGGAAGAAAAUUAUGUGCCAUCCCGAAGAAAGAAGUUACACUUAAAGGCUUUAUCGUCUUUCAUCGACGAUCCUCCAUGUUAUACAAGUUCAAGAGAAGGAAAGGAUCGAUCCGCUACAAGGAGAAGAACGCGGACGAGGAGGUGGACGAGGACGAGGAAAAGCGCGCGCGUUAAUGUCCUCUAAAAGAAUAGGAGAACGGGAGAAAAGGAAAGGCCACGUUGGAACCAUGAAAAGAAUAAGGGUAUCGUGAGAGAUAGUUGUUCUCUUCCCUAUUUCGUGGAAAAGUUCAUGAUCGGUACAACGCCGCGCCGUCCUGGAGAAGGAGAAGCAUUCGCGAGAGGAUGCUGCGCUACGUGGACUCGUUUCGUACGACCCUACCCUCGAGACUCAUUCUUCUCUCCCUAUUACAUAUUUAUUCAGAUAUAACGGCCCUUCGCAUGACGACCCUACAAAUACCGCAACACGUCGUUUUCAACGAAACGAUUCGUAUGCAGUGCAACUUUAGCCUGGACAACGAGCUGCUGUAUUCGGUGAAAUGGUACAAAGAUGGUCAUGAGUUUUAUCGAUACGUUCCGAAGGACGAGCCGACGGUACAAAUUUUUCCCGUCGCCGGCGUAAACGUGAACACGCAUCAUUCCACGGAAAGAUCCGUCGUCUUGAAUAACGUGGAUCUCUCCAGUUCCGGGAGGUAUCGAUGCGAGGUGUCGGCCGAAGCGCCAGCUUUUCAAACCGUUUCCGAUCAUGCCGACAUGACGGUAGUCGUCCUACCGAACGAAGGCCCUUUAAUAUCGGGUGGUCGAUCGAGAUAUCAGGUCGGCGACGUCGUUCGUCUUAAUUGUACAUCUGCGCCCUCGAAGCCAGCUGCCCUAUUGACGUGGUUCAUUAAUGGCGAAUCCGCCGACGCGCAAUACUUGAAAGGUCCGCAUAUUACUGCUGUCGACGCGAGAGGAUUGGAAACGGCGGUUUUAGGUUUGGAAUUUCGAGUUGCCAGUAAACACUUUAAAAGAGGCGACAUGAAGCUGAAAUGCUUGGCAACGAUAGCCGCUGUCUAUCUUCAAAGUAACGAGGAGAGCGUUGAAGGGGACGAGCGAAUUUUGAAAGCUCCAGUAAUGGAGAGCCGCGAAACCAGAGCACAGAGUCAUAUUCGCAAUGACUUGAUCAAUGGAUGUUCAGCCGAAGCCUCGUUGAAAUGGAAAAUGCUCCUCUUAAGCGUAGGAAUCGUUUUUAUGCGAUAAUAAGUCGUCGCCGAUCUAAGUCGUCGCCGAUCCAUGUCGCCGCCGUCAACGCGCGAAGGAGUCGGAAAAAGAUUAUAUAGUAACAUAAACGACUAAGUCAAGAUACAUGUGUCAUUCCAUCGUAUCUAUCGUAUUCAAUCUUUAAUCCCCGCACAUACCCAAUGUAUCUAUUAAUAUCAUUACAUAUACGACGAGUACUUAUCUCUCUUCUCCGUGCGCGCUUCAUCGAUAAGUAAAAGUAAGUAUUGUACCUACGUACUACGUACUACGUAGUAUACUAUUAGGUACAUGACGUACCUACGUUUUAGGCUCUAAAUGUAUUUACAUGCACGCGCGUGAACAAUGAUAAAGGAAAAAAAAGAAGGACAAAAAAAAAAUGGGAAAAAGAAAUGACACUCAAGAAAGAAAAUCUACAAUAUAUUAUUAUCGUUCGACAUAUCUAACGUAAAAGUAAUCCGUCUUUUCGUACGGCUAUUAAACGAUUGUCCAAACUGAAUCGUCGAAACUGUAGGUACUUACUUCAAUAAUACUCUUUUUCUUGUAAUACUUUCACUUCUCCCAUGAAUCUUACUCCUUUUGGUUCGCUGAUGGUGCGAUGCAGAAAAAAGAAUAAAAUAAGAUAGCUAGCAUCGCAUAAGGUGUGCUAGCAUCGAGAUCGGUCUUUUCAUUUCUCUCGAGUAAGAAACACAUGGAAAUGCCAAUCAACAAGAUGAUACAAAAAAGUUAGAUUGAUUGAAGUUCAUCUUAAUGAUUCAUUCGAAGAGCGUACUACGUGUAUCGUACGAUCGGUUAGUAUCGAUCUUUCGUAAUAUUUUCUAUGCGUAUCAUGGAUAUACAUAUCAUUCAUUUCUCAUUCUGACAAUUAAAAGAAAAAUAUUGUACUUACAUAACACUUUAUAUGUAAUGUAAGUGCAUGAUAUGUACGUGAGUAUGUAAUGGGUGAUAGCAGAAAUAUGAUAUUUGUGUGAUGUUGUAUUGUUUGUUAAAAUAAAAUAGAAGCGAAAUUGUAGGUCGAUUCCGAUGUUACGUCGCAUAUGAAAUGUUCUUGCAAUAUUAUCUUUCUAAGAUUUGGGAAAGUAACAUUCCUGUUUAAGACUCAUCACGAUAUAUUCACGAUGAUCUUCGCGGUUUCGUUAGAAAAGAUAGUAGUGGAAUCGAUUUACGAUAUUGCGUAUCGAACAAACUCUGCUUCCUUUUCGUACGAAGCAGCUCGUUAAUGUCCCUAUAUAUGUCUUACUCUAUAAGUCUUUACGUGCUUGUAAAUAUGUAAAUAAUUUUCAUCGUUAUUAAAAAUUAUUCAUUAUUAUAAUA